UUCUUCUUCCGAUCCUCACAACCCCACCGAAAUUCUUCUCUCUCUCAUUUUCUUCAACAAAAAAUCAUGGCUACCGCUGUCAAUGCUGCAGUCUCUCUUCCAUCAUCGAAGUCAUCUUCUCUCCCCAUCAGAAACCAUAUAAUAGUCUCCCCAGAAAGAAUUAACUUCAAUAAGUGUUUCUUGUACUCGAGAAACGUCUGUGUUGGCCGGAAAGUAGUUACCAUUAAAGCUCAGGUCACUACAGAGGCUCCUGCAAAAGUAGAGAAGGUUUCUAAGAAAAACGAUGAGGGUGUGGUUGUUAACAAGUUCAGACCCAAGAAUCCUUACAUCGGAAAAUGUCUCCUCAACACCAAGAUUACUGGAGACGAUGCUCCAGGAGAGACCUGGCACAUGGUAUUCACCACUGAGGGGGAAGUCCCAUAUAGAGAGGGGCAAUCUAUUGGUGUGAUUCCGGAUGGUAUAGACAAGAAUGGGAAACCCCACAAGCUUAGACUCUACUCUAUUGCCAGUAGUGCUCUUGGAGACUUUGGGGACACAAAAACUGUUUCAUUGUGUGUAAAAAGGCUUGUCUACACCAAUGACCAAGGAGAGAUAGUUAAGGGAGUUUGCUCAAAUUUCUUGUGUGACUUGAAGCCUGGGGCUGAUGUCAAAAUCACAGGACCUGUUGGGAAAGAAAUGCUUAUGCCAAAAGAUCCAAAUGCCACUGUCAUAAUGCUUGCAACUGGUACUGGCAUUGCUCCUUUUCGCUCAUUCUUGUGGAAAAUGUUCUUCGAGAAAUAUGAAGACUACAAGUUUAAAGGGUUGGCUUGGCUCUUCUUGGGUGUCCCAACAACUAGCUCCCUGCUGUACAAGGACGAGUUUGAGAAGAUGAAGGAGAAGGCCCCAGAAAACUUUAGGGUUGACUAUGCUGUCAGCAGAGAGCAAACAAAUGAGAAGGGCGAGAAAAUGUACAUUCAAACCCGGAUGGCUCAAUAUGCAGAGGAGCUAUGGGAGUUACUUAAAAAGGAUAAUACCUAUGUGUAUAUGUGUGGGCUGAAGGGAAUGGAGAAGGGAAUUGAUGACAUAAUGGUGUCUUUGGCUGCUAGAGAUGGUAUUGAUUGGACCGAAUACAAAAGGCAAUUGAAGAAGAGCGAGCAGUGGAAUGUUGAAGUCUAUUGAUAUCAGUUGCAUAGGGGGUUUACAAACAUCUAUUUACUGAAGAAUAUCCAUUGUUGUAUGAUUGAUUUCUUCCUGUAGUGGGGAUAGGUGAACUUCUCUUGAUUUGCCUUUUUCUUUUUCUUUUUUUUUUUUCUCCAUUUGGCGAUUGUAUUAUUUUGCUUUACAUGAGGAGGACAUGGAUGAUAAAAUAAGUUGCAAAAUGAAUUCAAGCUCAUGAAAAUAUGAUUAGAUUCUGGCAUUCUGCA